CUCUAGGCGUCACACCGUCAGUAGGCUGCAUCACUCAAGGCUUGAUCCUGGCCAUGGCAAACACGGUUAACUACUCGGAAAGUGCUGCUGGAGGGACCCAGUUUGCCUCCAGGCUUUACGGCCAGUUGGCCAGGUCAGAGCCAGGAAGGAAUAUCGUCCUCUCGCCCUCGUCCAUCAGAACGGGCUUGGCUCUGGCCUAUCUGGGCGCCGAGGGCAGUACCGCAGACGAGUUGAAGCAGGGAUUGGGCCUGGAGGGAGGUGACAAGACCGAGGUGGCCCAGAAAUUCGCCCAGCUGUUGGCGAAAGGACAUGGCGGCCAGGAUGGGCCGAAAUUGAAGUAUGCCAAUCGGAUUUACGUGGCUCAGAGGUUCCAGCUGUCCCAGACCUAUCAGGAUUUGGUCAGUAAGUACUUCGCAGCAGCUGCCGAGAAUGUGAACUUCGGCCAAAGUGCCGAUACUGCCAGGCGCAUUAACUCCUGGGUGGAGGAGCAGACCCAUCAGGAAAUCAAGAACCUCAUUGCCGCGGACUGCCUCGAUGGAGAUACGGCCGCCAUCCUGGUAAAUGCCAUCUACUUCAAGGCCGACUGGGAGAGCAGUUUCCCCGACUAUGCCACCUUUGCCCGCGACUUUGUCAAUCACGGAGGUCAGAAGGUCAGCGUGGACACCAUGUCCCAAGAGGAUUACUUCAGGUUCGCCGAGCUGCCCCAGCUGAAGGCUAAGGCCCUGGAAUUGCCGUACAUAGGCACGGAUAUCGUCUUUCUGAUCAUUCUGCCCCAGGAGGAGCAGGGCCUGGCCUUCGUCGAGAAGAAACUUAAGGGGCUGGACCUCAAUGAAAUAAGCUGCCAGCUGAGCAGGCAGAAGGUACAGGUGCAGCUGCCCAAGUUCAAGUUCGAGUUCGAUGUCCCCCUGCAGCCGGUUCUCGAGGAGCUGGGCAUAAAGGAACUAUUCGCUCCUGAGGCGGAUCUCAGCAGCCUGCUCCGUGAAUGGGGUCCACUCAGGAUCUCGGAGGUGAAGCACAAGGCCAUCAUCGAGGUGAACGAGAGGGGGACCACUGCCAGUGGAGCCACCUAUGUAAAGGCCCAGGCGGACUCUCUCCUAAUGGGAGAGAAAGUGUUCGAGUUCACCGCAGAUCAUCCCUUCUUCUUCGCCAUCAAGGACGCACAGAGCACCCACUUCCUGGGCCACGUGAGCCAGCUCUGAGCUCCAACCACAAGUUUUUCCCCCCCCUUAAAACUGAAACUCAAUAUGUAGCUCUGUCCAAUAAAUGCCAAUCUUCGAUGUCAAGUGCAGGCACACAAGUA